AUGAGUGACAUUGCCAAAAAUCUGUUUCAAUCAACUCGUUGGCUGAAUAUUAUUAUUGGUAUACCCUUGUUUACAUUUGGUAUUAUUGGUAAUAUUUUAACAAUAUGCAUAUUUAGUCGAGCUAAAUUUCGUAAUACAUCUUCUGUUCGUUAUUUAAUAGCUAGUUCAGUAGCUAAUUUGAUUCAACUUGCACAAACACUUUUACCACGUAUACUUAGUGAUGGAUUUGGAAUUGCACUUAUUAAAUCAAAUAAUGAUUAUUGUAGAACUCGUAAUUAUAUAGCAGCUGUAGCAACAUUAUGUUCUUUAUCUUUUCCAUGUUGGGCAUCAUUGAAUAAUUUUUUUGGUACAUCACGAAAUGCUGUCACACGAAAAUAUUGGACAUCAAAACGAUUUGUUCAUCUUUCAAUAUUUGCUACAAUUUUAUUCUGGCUUAUUGUUCAAUUACCAACACUUAUCUUCACUCGAGCUCGUGGAGAAUCUUGUACGUCAACUAGUAGUAUUAGUAAUUAUAUUUAUGUAUAUGGUAUUACUCCAAUAGCAUAUAGUAUAUUACCUAUGACAACAGUAAUUUAUUUUAAUAUUGGUAUUAUACGAAAUUUACGACAAUCAAGAGUUAUUGGUUUUGUUCAUAUAAAUAAUCAUUUAGCAAGACAAGUUCGACGAAUGUUAAUACCUCAAUUAAUUAUUCUUGUUCUAUCAGGAAUACCAUAUAGUAUUCAAACAAUUUAUUCAGUAGCAACAGCAUUACAAAAAAAAUCUUAUCUUCAAAUGGCAAUUGAAAGUGUUAUUCUUACUAUAGUACGACUUUUAUUUUAUUUAAAUUAUGUAUGUUCAUUUUAUAUUUAUUAUAUUAUGUCAAGUGAAAUUCGACGAGAAUUUAAAAAAUUAAUUUGCCAACAAAAUACAAUCGUACCAGAACGAACAAUAGCUUAA